UUUUUUUUUUUUUUUUUUUUUUUUUUGAAGAAACACGUGAAGCAACAUAGUUUUACCCAGUCUAGCCCACUCAAAUGGAAUUAACCUGUGUAAUAUUCUGACCUUGUAUGUAGGACAAAUAUUCAUUGAAAAUUCUAGUAUAGAAAAGAGAUGAUUUCCCACCUAAAUAAAUCUCAAUUAAAUUACACUAGAAUGAAAUGAUCUAAACUCCAUACACACCUUUCCAUUCCAAGUAGCCAACUAAACAUACUUACUUUCUCCAGCCAUCGGCGCCACCCUAUUAUCGAAUCGAUUCACUCUUGACUUAAUCGAGAUUGGGUUGGUUCAUUAUUAAUGGAGGAAACAGUAGCAAACAAACGGUGUCACGUGGUGGCGAUGCCAUACCCUGGGAGAGGGCACAUAAACCCCAUGUUAAACCUCUGCAAACUCAUCUUGUCAAAAUCCAAUGAUAUCUUCAUCACUUUUGUAGUCACUGAAGAGUGGCUUGGCUUCCUCAGCUCCGAGUUCCAGCAGCAGCCACUUGCUAACUUCCGGUUUGCUGCACUUCCACAGGUGAUCCCCUCAGAAGCUGGCCGAGGUGCUGAUGUACUAGGGUUCAUAGAAGCUGUACUCACCAAGCUUCAGGACCCCUUCGAGCAGCUACUUGAUCGGCUUGAGCUGACUCCAACUGCCAUAAUCUACGACGUAAUCAUGAGUUGGGUCAUCAGAGUUGGGAACCAAAGGAAUGUACCAGUAGCGUCAUUAGUUACUGUAUCAGCUUCAUUUUUUACUGUUCUCUCUCACUUGGACUUGUUGGUCCAACAUGGUCAUAUCCCUGAUGCUGAUAUCUCAGAGAGAGGAAAUGAGGUAGUGGAUUAUAUUCCGGGACUUCCCUCAGUAACUCUUGCGGACUUACCAGCAUCAUUUCAAGGAGACGCUGGAAGGAAGGUGAAACAACAAAUGUUGGAAAAAGAUUUUCCGAUGAACAAUGCUCAAUACCUUUUGUCUACAUCUAUCUAUGAGUUUGAAGAGCAAGCGAUAAAUAGCCUGAAAGUAAGAUAUCCAUCCAUAUCACUCUACCACAUUGGUCCAAUGAUACCGUACUCGAGCCUGGGUAAUAAAACAGAUGAAACCAGCUCUUAUGAAGAUGAAAGGCUUGACUACUUCCGGUGGCUGGAUUCUCAACCAAGAGGCUCAGUAUUGUAUAUAUCGCAAGGAAGUUUUCUUUCGAUUUCAAGUGGUCAAAGCCAAGAGAUAAUUGCUGGGAUUAAAGAAAGUGGUGUUCGAUUCCUGUGGGUAAUACGAGGUGAUAACGAUACCUCAAGCUUCAAAGAUGACAUUAGUGAUCAAAUGGGAUUCUUAGUGCCAUGGUGUGAUCAAUUAAGGGUGUUGUGUCAUCCUUCUAUUGGUGGAUUUUGGACGCAUUGUGGGUGGAACUCUACUUCGGAAGGUAUAUAUGCUGGUGUUCCAAUGCUUACUUGUCCUAUAGCUUGGGAUCAACUCCUUAAUAGCAAGAUGAUAGUAAAUGAUAUGGAGAUUGGGUGGAGUGUGAUAAAGAAUGAUCAUCUUCAGAAGGGAGGGUUAGUCACUCGACAUGAAAUAGCCAAACUUGUAAGAGAAUUUAUGGACCCGGAAAAUGACAAGCGAAAAGAGAUGAUUAAUAGAGCAAAAGAGCUACAAAAUACCUUCACAAAUGCAAUAGUAAAUGGAGGUUCUGCUACAUCUGAUCUUGAGGCUUUCAUCAAUAGCCUCCCAAGUAAAAGUAGAACGUUAAAAGCAUUUUCCUAAGAAUGUAAAUAAUGAUUCAAAUUUUCAAUAAUAAUUUUAUAAGAAAAGCUUUGUACUUCCGAAUACUCAAUAGCUAGCUGGUUAAUAAGUCAAUAUGUUCAAAGAAAGUUGUUGAUGUACUACGGAGUAUCAUAUUUUGAGAAAUGAUGAGUUGUGUACAAGGUUGCAUAUGUAUGAUUAUGUUUUGAAAUUUGA